CUACACGUGUUCCCUUCUUCGGUUGUCAAACUCAAACGUUAACAGCUGUCAAUCUCCCCCGAACCGCCCUUCUCGCUUUUUGAAAUCUGCCAGUUUUUAUUUUAUUUUCUUAAUAAAAUGUCGGUUGAAGAACUCCAAAAAACUAUCGCAGACCUUAGAAACGAGCUGGAAAGAGAGAAGUCGAAAAACGAUGUGAUCUCCAGGGGCAAAAUCGAAGAAAUGUCGAGUGAAGUCGUUGACUCCAAUCCUUACAGUCGUUUAAUGGCUCUGAAAAGAAUGGGAAUUGUAUCUAAUUAUGAGAAAAUUCGUAAUUUUUCGGUCGCAGUUGUUGGAGUCGGAGGGGUUGGCAGUGUCACUGCUGAAAUGCUUACCCGAUGCGGUAUUGGAAAGCUGAUACUAUACGAUUAUGACAAAGUAGAAUUAGCAAAUAUGAACAGACUGUUCUUUCAACCACACCAGGCUGGUCUUUCAAAAGUUGAAGCUGCCGCUAGAACGCUGUCAUUUAUCAAUCCAGAUGUUGUGAUUGAAACUCAUAAUUACAACAUCACCACUGUUGACAACUUCAAUCAGUUCAUGGAGAGCAUUGAGCAUGGUGGAGUAGAAUCAGGCACUGCGGUGGACAUUGUGCUCAGUUGUGUUGACAAUUUUGAAGCGCGAAUGGCCAUAAAUGCAGCAUGUAAUGAAAUCAAUUUACCUUGGUUUGAGUCUGGGGUGGCUGAAAAUGCAGUUUCAGGUCAUAUACAAUUAAUUAUACCUGGAGAAACAGCUUGUUUUGCGUGUGCACCUCCUCUCCUCGUUGCGUCUGGAAUUGAUGAAAAAUCGUUAAAAAAAGAUGGGGUUUGUGCUGCAAGUUUACCUACUACUAUGGGAAUCAUCGCAGGGUUUUUAGUGCAGAAUACUUUAAAAAAAUUGCUUGCGUUCGGCGAAGUUACAAAAUAUUUAGGGUAUAGUGCACUCAAUGAUUUUUUCCCUACAAUGGAAUUAAGAGCUAAUCCACAGUGCGAUGAUUCAUUCUGCAGAAAACGACAAGAAGAAUAUGCCGCGAAACCAAAAGAAGUGAAAUUACAGGAAAAUAAAUCUGAUGUUGUAGUGCACGAAGACAAUGAUUGGGGUAUAACAUUAGUUGAUGAAACUCCUGCUGAAACCAGUGGCUUACAAAAGAAAGGUGCUGGAGAUGAAGUAAAAUUGGCAGAAGGGCUCCACAGGCAAUUCGAGCGAGAUACAACCGAAUUUCAAGAAGCGGGAGAAACAGUAACUGUUGAGGGAAAUGUUUCCAUAGAGGAAUUAAUGGCAAAACUGAACUCUCUGUGAUAAGAUUUUUUUUUAUUAUGUACAUGUGGGAAACAAGAUCUACAUAAAAUCGCCUCAUUCCUUAGCAUACAAUUUUCACCACAAAUGUCACUUUUUAAGUAUUUGUUAUUUUAAAAUAAAAAACCUAUACAAUUAAUACAUUUUAACUUACUUUACAAGUAAGAUGAACUGAUAUUUUGGAAUGUAAAUUUUUAAAUUUUAUUUUUUUUACUUUUGAACUUUAGCCUAGAAUUGAUAUUUUUCAUAGAAUCGCUUAUUAGUUCAAUAAUCUGGUGACAAAAUGAAACUGAUGGUCACCACAUACAGGUUAAAAUUAUGGGUCAACAUUUAUAAAAAAAAAUUUUUUUUUUCAAAUUUGCAAAAGUCAAUAUCAUCAAAUCAAAUUGGUAUAUUUUGCUAUUCAAUAUUUUACUUUAAAUUAAUACAGCAUAAAAUUUUUCUUUUACUUUAAGUGAUAAUGCAAAGUAUUCUUAUCUGUUUUGUCUUACAUUAUUGCUCAUUUGUGGAAAAAGUGUUUUUGAUACUUUACUUUUUUUAUUUAUUUUUAAUUAAAAAAAGUUUAUGUCUCUACUGUAUUUAAUAAGUGUUAUUAUUUAUGUAAAUGGAGAAACAGUUACACCAACAUUUUAAAAUUUUAUGUUCAAGUUAAUUGCUUGUUCGACUGAACUGCAUGGAUGAUUUACCUAAAAGAUCAAAAAAUAAAAUUGUUAAUAGAAAAUUCAAUUACAAGUGUUAUCUAUUUGAGAGAA